CCACAAGAUGGCGGCGCCGGCCACGUCCCCAGCCGGAAGUAGCGUCGCGGCGCGCGGGGCGGGCGGAGGCCACCGCCGCUCCGCCAGGGGGCGCCGGGGAGGCCGCGCCGCUCUGGCCGGGCUCAGGGCGAGCAAGGAGGGCGCGUCGCCAAGGAGACGGGGCCGGCCCGGCCGAGCGGGAGCGCUGGAGCCCCGACUGGUGCAGAACGAGCCGUACGACGGGAGCCUGGAGCUGCCGGAGGCCGAGGAGGCGGGCGGGGCGGCGGGCCGGCCGGCCGGGGCUCGCUCGCCGGGCCGUCCCCGAGGGGCUCGCCGGCCGGGGCUGCCUGGGUCGGGCAGCGGCGCGGUCGAUCGCAGCAGCGACGAGGAGGGCAGCGGCGACAAGGGGGAAAAGGUGGCACCCUCGGCCCCCCCCACCGCUCUCAGCGAGGAGGAUGACGACGAUGACGACGAUGACUCGGAAGAAGAGGAUUCCUCCGAGACCGACUCGGAGGACGACUCGGAGGAACACGGGGCUACAGCAGAAGGUGACUUCAGCCUAGCAGAUUUUGACUACCUGCCAGUGUCUUCAGAAAUCAAAGAACUCUUUGAGUACAUCAAGAGGUACACUCCCAAAACAAUAGCGAUUGAGCCCAAACUGCAGCCUUUCAUUCCAGAGUUUAUUCCUGCAGUUGGAGACAUCGACGCAUUCCUAAAGGUUCCCCCUCCCGACGGCAAACCUGAUCACCUUGGCCUGCUGGUCCUGGACGAGCCCUCGACCAAGCAGUCGGACCCCACUGUGCUCUCCCUAUGGCUGACAGAGAACUGCAAGCAGCACAACAUCAGCCAGCAGAUAAAAGUGAAGAGUUUGGAGAAUGCAGAGAAGAAUCCCAAAGCCAUUGAGAGCUGGAUUGAGAGUAUCAGUGAGCUGCACCGCUGCAAACCUCCCGCCACGGUCCUGUACACCCGGCCAAUGCCUGACAUCGAGAGCCUGAUGCAGGAAUGGUCACCAGAAUUCGAGGAGCUCUUGGGAAAAGUGGGCCUCCCAACUGCCGAGAUGAGCUGUGACCUGCCCGAGUACAUCGACAUGAUAUGCGGUAAGUGGGGGCUGUGCUGGGGACACAGGUGUGCUACUGGCUUGGCACUGUCACUGAAAGCACGAGACCUCUGGGCUCAGCCUGGGCAGGUGAGAUCAUUCUCUGCUGCCUUCAGUAGGGAGCAGACUCUUGUACCGCAGUCCUGCAGUGAGCAGGGAGCAGUGGCCCAAGUGGUCGUGGGCAGCGGGGUGCUUAGCCUUUCCUUACAGCCCUCUCUGCAGCCCCAGUGCUCUCACACUCCUCUGCUCUUCCUUGUAGCCAUCCUGGACAUCCCUGUGUACAAAAGUCAGAUCCAGCCUCUGCAUGUCCUCUUCUCCCUCUACUCGGAGUUCAAGAACUCACAGCAUUUCAAGCCCCUGGCUGACGGGAAUAAGGGCAGGACCUCGCCGCCCAACCCAUCUUCACAAGCAGCAGAAGAAGAAGUGCUAACCUUUACUUGAAGCUUCCCAUUAAACCCUUUUCUCCUGGAUCAA